UCUGUUCCUGAGUCCAUUCACAAGUCAAUUUGUAUGUAAGGCAGAACAUAAUUGCACUACACCAAUAAGCGGCGCAGAGUCAGGAAGGAGAAAUCACUUCCAAAGUGAGACACAACCUGAACGUUUCCACGACUGAAAAGGCAUUGCUCUUCCAGAAGAAAUUGCAACAGUGUUGCGUUGUAUUUGACUUCAUGGAUUCACUAUCAGAUCUUAAAAUGAAGGAGUACAAGCGCUCUACCCUUAAUGAACUGGUGGACUUUGUUGCAGUGGGUCGAGGAGUCUUGACAGAACAAACAUACCCUGAAGUAGUUAAAAUGGUUUCUUUCAAUAUAUUUAGGACGCUUCCACCGUCAGAAUCUUCAGAGUUUGAUCCAGAAGAAGAUGAACCAAUGCUGGAAGCAUCCUGGCCUCAUUUACAGCUUGUAUAUGAGUUCUUCAUUCGGUUUUUGGAGAGUCAAGAAUUCCAACCGAGUAUUGCCAAAAAAUAUGUAGAUCAGAAAUUUGUAUUGCAGCUUUUAGAAUUAUUCAACAGUGAAGAUCCCCGAGAGCGAGACUACCUGAAGACUGUUUUGCACAGAAUUUAUGGGAAGUUUCUUGGACUUAGAGCGUUUAUCCGGAAGCAAAUUAACAAUAUUUUUCUACAAUUUAUUUAUGAAACAGAACGUUUUAAUGGUGUAGCAGAACUUCUGGAAAUAUUAGGAAGUAUAAUAAACGGGUUUGCAUUGCCCCUGAAGGCUGAACACAAACAAUUUCUGAUUAAGGUUCUGCUUCCUUUGCAUACUGUGAGGAGUUUAUCACUUUUCCAUGCGCAGGUAGGAAUGUUACUUGAUCUGCUUCUAAUUUUCUAGUACUCAGUUGUUCAGAUGGAGAUUGCUCAUGUUCAGAAGUGAAAGUGACCAUUGAUUUCGUCCAUUUGUGAAAUUGUGCAACAGAGGGCAGACAUGAUCAUUCCCAUUUCACUUUUCUCUCUACUUUGUGAAAGUUUAUUUUCUCCCUUUUAAAGGCUAUAUA